AUGGCGCAAUCUCAAACUUCCGGGCUCGACACCCUGGCAGAGGGUUCGCAGUAUGCGCUCGAGCAGCUGCAAUUGUCGCGAGAGGCUGCAGGCGGCGGCGGCGGUGACCUUGAUCAUGCUACAUCCGGUGGCAUGAGCGACUCUGUUGGCAAACCCAAGGAUCACAACAAUUCCCUCCCAAGCUUCAAGAAUCCUUCGCAGCGAGAUCCUCUCGUCGAGGCUCGUUCCACAAUCAGGAAAAACUCAUCCUCGGCACCUGUUCGGCGAAGAAUCAGUCGCGCUUGUGACCAAUGCAAUCAGCUACGCACUAAAUGCGACGGGCAGAACCCGUGCGCCCACUGCAUCGAAUUCGGGUUGACCUGCGAAUACGCGCGAGAACGGAAGAAGCGUGGAAAGGCUUCAAAGAAGGACCUCGCCGCAGCGGCCGCGGCCGCGACUCCUGGACAGCCGAAUGGCAGUUCAGCCAAGGAAGACGCAGCAAUGGUUGGAGGACACACUCCCCCAGAUAGGCGACCGGGGCUCAAUGGAAGAUACGACCCGACCUUCGACGCCCCUCGGAAUCUGAACGGCUCGGCACAGCACUCUGAGGCAUCAGGCAUGGUCGGGAUGCAGAAUUCUCAGCAUCUUCCGCCCCAUUCUCAGCCGCCCAUGGGCGGGGGCCUGGAAGGCUUGCCUCUUAAUGGUUUCGGCGGGUUGAGCGACUCGAGCCGACCUUCCAUGCCUGUCCCAGAACUCCAAUCACUGCAUAUGCUACAUUCCUCGCAUACAAACCCUCGCUCCCCGCCAUCUAUUCUACCCUCUCACAGGUACAACGGCGGGUACAAUGAGAGUGCGUACUCGCUCAUGAAUCCACAAGAGUCGACCUCGGCCUCGAUCAGCCAGUUCCGACUCGGUGGCUCUACAGAAAACCCACCAAAUUCGUUCCUCGGGCUCUCCCCGCCAGCUCAGUCGCCCGGCUGGUUGCCCCUUCCUUCUCCAUCUCCUGCGAAUUUUCCUUCGUUCAGCAUGGCCUCGUUUUCUACGACAUUGAGAUACCCCGUUUUGCAUCCUGUCUUGCCUCACAUUGCGUCCAUUAUCCCUCAGUCGCUUGCCUGCGAUCUCCUUGACGUCUACUUCACCAGCUCUUCCUCGUCUCACCUAUCCCCCCAGUCGCCGUAUGUGGUUGGGUACAUUUUCCGAAAGCAAUCCUUCCUUCAUCCUACAAAACCGAGAGCCUGCACACCUGGUCUCCUGGCCAGCAUGCUCUGGGUGGCAGCUCAGACAAGCGACGCCCCGUUCCUCACAUCGCCUCCAUCAGCGCGAGGCAGAGUCUGCCAGAAGCUACUCGAAUUGACUAUCGGCUUACUCAGACCGCUCAUCCACGGCCCUGCGCCCGGUGAAACAUCGCCCAACUACGCUGCAAACAUGGUCAUCAACGGUGUCGCUUUAGGUGGCUUCGGUGUCUCUAUGGAUCAGUUGGGAGCGCAAAGCAGCGCCACGGGAGCCGUAGACGACGUCGCCACCUACGUCCAUUUGGCCACGGUCAUCUCCGCAAGCGAAUACAAAGCAGCCAGUAUGCGUUGGUGGACAGCGGCGUGGUCACUCGCGCGAGAGUUGAAGCUCGGCCGCGAGUUGCCGCCAAACACUCCUCAGCCACGGCAAGAUGCUGAACGGGACGGGGACCCAGACGUCGAUCCUUCGAAGCGUCAUCCUCCACCUCUCAUCACUUCGAUGGGUCACGGUCCCGGAAGCACAGUCAUCAACAUCACCGAAGAGGAACGAGAAGAACGCCGGCGUCUCUGGUGGUUACUUUACGCGACGGAUCGCCAUUUGGCGCUCUGCUACAACCGUCCUCUUACGCUGCUAGACAAGGAAUGCGAGGGGCUCUUGCAACCGAUGAAUGAUGACCUGUGGCAAGCCGGUGAAUUUGCCAGUUAUCGCCAGGCAGGCCCUCCAGUAGAGUGUACAGGCCAUAGCAUGUUUGGGUACUUCCUGCCGUUGAUGACGAUUCUCGGUGAGAUCGUCGACCUACAGCAGGCCAGGAACCAUCCACGGUUUGGUCUUGCCUUUCGGGGCAGUGCCGAGUGCGAGGCGCAGGUUCUCGAGAUUGCGCGUCAACUAGAUGUCUAUGCACAGAGCCUGAAGGAAUUUGAGACGCGAUACACGAGCAACCUCGCUCUGGGUGCGGCCGAGACUGAGGCCGCCAUGGACGGGUCUCAUCUGAACCAUGUGAGCCCUUCGGGUCGCUCGAGCAGCACAGUCGAAUCCCGCGUGAACGAGUCGAUCGUGCACACCAAGAUGGUGGUCGCCUAUGGGACACACAUCAUGCAUGUUCUUCAUAUACUCUUGGCAGGCAAGUGGGAUCCGAUCAACCUGCUUGAUGACAACGAUCUCUGGAUCUCUUCCGAAUCAUUUAUUGCGGCAAUGGGUCAUGCGGUCGGCGCCGCGGAGGCCGCUGCGGACAUUCUGGAGUAUGACCCGGAUCUCAGCUUCAUGCCGUUCUUUUUCGGUAUCUAUCUUUUGCAGGGCAGCUUCUUGCUCCUCUUGACUGCCGACAAAUUACAAGGUGACGCAAGUCCAAGUGUGGUCCGGGCGUGUGAGACUAUAGUUCGCGCGCAUGAAGCCUGCGUCGUGACGCUCAAUACUGAAUAUCAGAGGACCUUCCGCAAAGUCAUGCGUUCGGCUCUCGCGCAGGUUCGCGGGCGCCUACCCGAGGACUUUGGCGAACAGCAGCAACGUAGACGGGAAGUUCUCGCUCUUUACCGCUGGACCGGUGACGGCAGUGGUCUUGCGCUCUGA